AUGGCGCUGCUCCUGACCGGAAUCACCUUUAUAGCUAACAAAGUGGUUAAGGAGAAGAAGUUGAAUCCCCGCGUGGGCGUCGGCAGAAAUUGUUGGAUCUAUACUGGCGAUAUUAGUAUCAUGAUCUACUUCUAUGGUCCGAUGCUACUAAUAAUCAUCUUUAACAUUGUAAUGUUCGUCCUGACAGCGAUUCACAUACUGAUGAUAAAGAAGGAAAAUGCUAACAAUUACUGGAUCCUUCACCGCAUUUCUUUUGCUGUUGAGGCAAAACUGAAACUGAUCGUAUUUGACUUCCAUUUGACUUCUGAAUAUGACUUCAGGCUCCUGCCCGACGACUCAAGGAAGAGGUUGGCGAGCCACAAAAUGCGAGUCAUAGAUGUAUUGUUAAUCGCAGUUAUUUUGCUGAUGAUGAAAAAUUCAAGUGCCGAAAUUCCCGGUUGCGACUUCUACGAUACCGUGGACAUUUCAAAAGCGCAAAGGUUCUCAAACGGAUCGUACCUAUAUGAAGGCUUGCUGAUCCCCGCCCAUUUGACUGCUGAAUAUGACUUCAAGCUCCUGCCCGACGACUCAAGGGAGAGGGUGGCGAGCCACGUAAGAGGAUGUGCCUGCCGACUAAGACCCUGCAUCAGGUUCUGCUGCCCUGAGUACCACAAGAUGCAAAAGGGCCAGUGCUACGGCGACAUGUCAAAGGACGAGUUGGACAGGCACGAUCCCUUGGUGAAUGUGACGCUCAACGACGGGUCGGUGGUGAAGAGGCACUUCAAGGAGGACAUAAUCGUGCAGUCGGAUCUGGCCAAGCCCGGAUGUUCCCGGAUGUACUAUCUGAAACACGAGAAUCCGGGCAACGGCUUUACUCUGUUUGAGAAUGGAUCUUUUCUGCGUCACUGGGACAACGUGGCGUUGACCAAGCGGGAGUACUGCGUCCAGCAUAUUUCAUUAAAGGGUAAUAGUAUCCGAAUUGCGCCCCACUUUUGCCCGCUUCCAUUUGAGCCUUCCAAACCAUGGAAGACAGUUGCGAUAGGGCUAUCCCUAAUAUGCAUAGUACUAACGAUUAGCGUGUAUCUCUACGUCAAGGAGCUUCGCAACUUAGUCGGCAAGUGUUUCAUCUGCUACUUGGCCUCCCUGUUUCUGGGCUUCCUCUUCCUGAUAUUAAACGUGUGGAAUCACCUACACAGUUUUUGCCCUACGGCAGGGUUCCUGGGCUACUUCUUCGUCAUGGCCGCGUUUUUUUGGCUUUCCGUUAUUAGUUUAAACUGCUGGAUUACGUUUAGUGGAUCCUCUAACUGGUUAAACCGUUUCUUGCCAGAAAAUCGGUUCCUAUAUUACAACUUAUACGCCUGGGGCAUGGCGCUGCUCCUGACCGGAAUCACCUUUAUAGCUGACCAGGUGGAUAUGGACGAGCAGUUGAAACCUCGCAUGGGCGUCGGCAGAAAUUGUUGGAUCUAUACUGGGGAUAUGAGUGUCAUGAUCUACUUCUAUGGUCCGAUGCUACUGAUAAUCGUUUUCAACAUAGUAAUGUUCAUCCUGACGGCAAUUCGUAUCAUAAGAGUGAAGAAGGAAGCCCAAAACUUUACUCCACAGCGAACAACAACCCAAAGGCUCAACCUGGACAAACAGACUUACGCCCUAUUCCUGCGACUGUUCAUCAUCAUGGGCUUGUCGUGGAGCUUGGAAAUAAUCUCGUUUUCGUUGAGCAAAAACGCGGCUUGGGCGAAGGCUUUUAUUGUGGCUGACUACUUCAAUUGGUCGCAGGGUACCGUCAUUUUUGUACUCUUUGUUCUAAUGCCACGAACUCUGAAACUGCUUAAGGAGCGGAUUCAGGGUAGAGGUGAUGAAGUCGCCGCCAGUGAUGAACAAAUCUCACUUCAGAAUACGAAAGUUGACCCCAGUGUUUUUUAAUAUAUGGACGUGCCAUGAAUACGAGACCAAAGCAACGAUUACAGACUACGAUUCGUGUGAAGGUACUACGGAUGUACGGAUGUUAUGGACAAGAAUACUCAGCAUUUAUCCACUGGUCUAUGGCAAAAGGAAGGAAUAUCAAAAACAUCCUUUUUGGAGCAGCACUUACACUCACUUGUAGUAUUAAUUUACUUCUAAAGUUAAUUAAUCAACUAAGCAAAC